AUGGGGUCCAGAAGAUACGAUUCCAGAACAACGAUUUUUUCGCCAGAGGGGCGUCUUUACCAAGUAGAGUAUGCUUUAGAGUCCAUUUCACAUGCAGGUACCGCAAUUGGCGUCAUGGCAACUGAUGGAAUUGUUUUGGCUGCUGAACGUAAGGUAACAAGUAAAUUAUUGGAGCAAGAUACAUCUACCGAAAAGCUAUACAGAUUAAAUGACAAGAUAACCGUUGCUGUCGCAGGGCUGACAGCUGAUGCUGAGAUCCUGAUAAAUACGGCCAGGGUGUAUGCACAAAACUAUUUGAAGACAUAUAACGAAGAUAUUCCUGUAGAAAUUCUCGUUAAAAGGCUAAGUGAUAUCAAGCAGGGGUACACACAGCAUGGUGGCUUGAGACCCUUUGGUGUGUCUUUCAUUUAUGCUGGGUACGAUGAAAGGUACGGUUACCAGCUAUACACAUCGAAUCCAUCGGGGAAUUAUACUGGAUGGAAAGCUAUCAGUGUUGGUGCUAAUACUUCCGCAGCUCAAACACUACUGCAAGUUGAUUACAAAGACGAAAUAAAUCUGGAGGGUGCCAUAGAUCUAGCACUGAAAACUCUUUCAAAGACCUCGGAUAGUAGUACGUUGACUUAUGACCGUGUUGAGUUUGCAACAAUCCAGAAAGACGAGAAAGGCGAUCUCCAUCAAAAAGUUUACAAACCGCAGGAGAUUCAGGAACUUCUCGUGGCGGCCGGUAUCACGAAGAAAGAUGAUGAUGAUGAAGAUAAGGAAGACUGA